AUGACUAUGGACGGGGUAGUUUCCACAGGGUCUGAUCCGUCUCCCCCAUUUCCUCCGCCCGCACCAAUGGAGCGCCCUCCAAGCCCACCGCCACCUCCUCCUGAAGACUCGGCCGCUCCGCCGCCGCCGCCAGACAACAUAGCUCCCCCACCUCCACCAGAAGAUGUACCUCCGCCACCGCCGGUUGAGACUAAACCGAAGAAGCAAGGAUGGGGUGCAAAGAAGCCUGCUGCUAAGCCGUUAAGUGUGGAAGAGCUGAUACGCAAGAAGAAGGCAGCAGAUGCAGCAGCAUCAAAGCCCAAAUUCCUAUCUAGAGCCCAGCGAGAGAAAUUGGCGCUAGAGAAGCGAGCCCAAGAGGUUGAAGCUGAACGACAGGCUAAAGCACGUGCCAACGGCGCCGGCCAUGACGAAUUCACAUCCAAUACACCUACAUCGAAUUCCCAAGGUCCUCGGGAACCUCGAGGCGAUUCGAGUCGCAAUGUUCCUACUGGGCCGCGAGCGAUGCGCGAUGAGCCUCCAGCUGGACCACCUGCCACGCGCAAGGGAGACCGACAAUCCAAUCGGAACCAGGACAUGCCACCACCCAAAGCCAAGGGCGAAAAACGAUUGACUGAAGAAGAGGGGGCAGCAAAACUAGCUACUCUGACUAAGACCCGAUACAUGGGAGCCGAUGUGACAUCAAAUUUCUCCGCGCAAAAGAAGCGCAAGCGCACAACCGACCGCAAAUUCAACUUUGAGUGGAACACCGAGGAGGACACAAGUGGCGAUUAUAACCCGCUUUAUCAAAACCGACAGGAGGCCAAUUUCUUUGGAAGAGGACGUUUGGCUGGGUUCGGCGAUGAUGUCGCGAAUGAGUUGGCUCGCAAGUAUGCGGAUGCGUUGGUCAGUCGCGACCAAGAAUCUGGCAGCAGACGUGCCCAGGAAAUGAUGGAAAUGGAACGCCGGCGACGAGAGGAGAGCACGCGCAAUCAGCUGGAUAAGCAUUGGAGCGAAAAGCGCUUGGAUCUCAUGCGCGAGCGAGACUGGCGUAUCUUCAAGGAGGACUUCAACAUCGCCACCAAGGGUGGCAGUGUACCAAACCCUAUGCGUUCAUGGGAAGAAAGUCUACUACCGAAGCGCCUGUUGGAGCUGGUUGAUCGUGUUGGCUACAAGGACCCCACGGCUAUUCAGCGUGCAGCCAUUCCUAUUGCUAUGCAGGCACGAGAUCUCAUCGGUGUCGCCGUCACUGGUUCCGGUAAAACGGCAGCAUUCCUCCUUCCCCUCUUGUGCUACAUUUCUGAACUACCGCGGCUUGACGAGAAUGAGUGGCGCAAGAACGAUGGACCCUAUGCAAUUGUUCUAGCACCCACUCGUGAACUGGCGCAACAAAUCGAGAUCGAAGCAAAGAAAUUUACUCAGCCUCUUGGGUUCAACGUUGUCAGUAUUGUCGGUGGUCACUCCAUCGAGGAGCAAGCCUACAGCCUACGUGAUGGUGCCGAGAUCAUCAUUGCAACCCCUGGUCGUCUGGUCGACUGUAUCGAGCGUCGCAUGCUGGUCCUCAGUCAGUGUUGCUACGUGAUUAUGGAUGAAGCCGAUCGCAUGAUCGAUCUUGGUUUCGAAGAGCCCGUCAACAAAAUCCUCGACGCCCUCCCUGUUACAAACGAGAAGCCCGACACAGAAGCAGCGGAAGAUUCGCGCGCCAUGAGCCAACACCGUUACCGCCAGACAAUGAUGUACACAGCCACCAUGCCCGCAGCGGUCGAACGCAUUGCGCGCAAAUACCUCCGCCGACCAGCCAUCAUCACCAUCGGUGGUGUCGGUGAAGCCGUCGACACAGUUGAACAACGUGUUGAAAUGAUCGGUGGUGAAGACAAGCGCAAGAAGCGCCUUGGCGAGAUCUUGUCCUCUGGCGACUUCCGUCCUCCCAUUAUUGUCUUCGUCAACAUCAAGCGAAACUGUGAUGCCAUCGCUCGUGAAAUCAAACAGAUGGGCUUCUCCUCUGUCACUCUCCACGGUUCCAAAACACAGGAUCAGCGUGAGGCCGCUUUGGCCUCCGUCCGCAACGGCUCAACAGACGUCCUUGUGGCCACUGAUCUCGCUGGAAGAGGUAUCGAUGUUCCGGACGUCUCACUCGUUGUCAACUUCAACAUGGCCACGUCCAUUGAGAGCUACACUCACCGUAUCGGUCGUACUGGUCGUGCCGGUAAGAGUGGUGUUGCUAUUACCUUCCUGGGUAGCGAAGACAGUGAUGUUAUGUAUGAUCUCAAGCAGAUGCUCAUCAAGUCGCCCAUCUCAAGGGUCCCCGAGGAACUGCGCAAGCACGAAGCGGCGCAGUCAAGACCCAAUCGUGGUGCUGGAGGAAAGAAGAUCGAGGAUAGCUCAGGAUUUGGAGGUAAAGGUGGAUGGGCAUAA